CCUAGAAAAUGUGCCUGAAAAGUUUGAAUAGUUUCUGUGCACCUUGAAAAGAGAAAUCGCCAAAAAUCAAAAUCCCUGACCGUCGGGCUUCGGGAAAACUAGAUAUACCGCUUGCCGUUACUACUCGGCGCUACUUCCGUCGAGGCCUCAUCUACACAUGAACAGAGAGACAUUUGAUUUUUCAUUAUUUUUGUGAGUAAACAAACUAAAAUUUGCGAGACUUAAAACAGAGGGAAGCAUCCGAAGAGUUUGUCUGUAGGAGUUUACCGGAGACACACGGCGUUGAAAAUUAACAUUCUACUUUUCAUCAGUUUCAUUUUGUGGGAUGAAAAUACCAGUUGCCGUUGAAUUCAGUGGUGGGGCCGAGUUGUUGUUCGACAAAGUGAAAAAGCAUGAUGUAGAACUGCCAAACUCUGAGAAAAAAUGGAAAAUACGUCAUCUUUUGACAUAUAUCAGAGAUAACCUACUGAAAGAACGUCCAGAACUAUUUAUGCAAGGAGACACAGUAAGACCUGGAAUCUUGGUGUUGGUCAAUGAUGCAGACUGGGAACUACUAGUAAGAUAUUUAUAUCAACAGCCUCUUAAUUAG